AUGGUUUGCACUGCCAAUGAUUUACAAGGAUGGAAAGAUUUUCCAAAGGGACUUAGGGUUCUUCUGCUUGACGGAGAUAGAAGUUCUGCUUCCGAGAUAAGAGAACAGCUUGAGGCCAUGGACUAUAAUGUUUCUACCUUCUAUGACGUGAAUGAAGCUUUGUCAGCAAUAUCAAGUAGUCCUGAAGGCUUCCAUGUCGCCAUAGUGGAGGUGAGUACAAGCAGUAGCCUUGGAGGUUUCAAAUUUCUUGAGAAUGCAAAGGACUUGCCUACCAUUAUGACUUCAAAGAACCAGUGCCUGAACACAACGAUGAAGUGCAUUGCGCUUGGUGCCGUUGAGUUCCUCAGUAAACCACUCUCUGAGGACAAGCUCAAAAAUAUUUGGCAGCAUGUUGUUCACAAGGCUUUUAAUGCUGGGGAAAAUGUUCUGUCUGAAUCUCUAAAACCUAUCAAAGAAUCUGUAGAAUCAGUGCUGCAGCUUCAAACAGACAAUCAACAUGAUAAAACUCAUAAAAGGACAAUGUCGAUUGAUUUAGAGAAUGUGUCCAGGUUUAGUGAUGAUGACAAUGAGCAAUCUGUAUGUGAUAAAUAUCCGGCUCCAUCAACCCCUCAAUUGAAACAUGGGACACGGUUACUAGAUGAUGGAGAUUGUCAUGAGCAAACUAAUUUCUCAACAGAAAAAGAAAGUGAGGAACAUGGUGGGGAAUGCAAAUCUGUCGAAACUUCAUGCGAGAAUUUGAAUGCUGAAAGUUCUCCUCAACCAAUGGAACUCAAGCAGACUCUGAUUAAGGAAGAGGAUUUUGCUAAUGGUUCCCAGGGCGAGAGAGCUGUUUCACUGAAUCCAAACAUGGAAAAGAUCCAUGGCAAUGCAGAUGGUAAUACAUCUCCAAAAAAGACGGAAGUACUUAAUGAUUCAUGUGAGAUUAAAGCUAAUCGGAAGAAGAUGAAAGUAGACUGGACACCUGAGCUGCAUAAAAAAUUUGUGAAGGCUGUCGAACAACUAGGUAUUGAUCAAGCCAUUCCUUCUAGAAUAUUGGAGAUAAUGAAGGUAGAAGAUUUGACAAGGCACAACGUGGCAAGCCAUCUUCAGAAAUAUAGAAUACACAAGAGACAAAGUGCACCAGGGGAAGAAGAUCGAAAAUGGCAUAAUCAAAGGGAUGCAACGCAAAGGAGCUAUUAUCUGCAAAGACCAAUCAUGGCCUACCCUCCCUACCAUUCAAACCCCACCCCUUCUCCAGCUCCUAUAUAUCCUAUGUGGGGACAACCUGGAAGUCAAUCAGCCGGGGUACAGAUUUGGGGGCCUCCUGCAUAUCCCUUGUGGCAUCCUACAGAGAGUUGGCACUGGAAGCCUUAUCCGGGGGUGCAUGUGGAUGCUUGGGGAUGCCCAUUGUUCCCACCUCCUCAAGCUCCUGGUUUUCCCUACAAUCAAAACGUACCUGGAUUGCAAACUCCUAAAGCAGCGGAAUAUAGGUUCAGCAUGCCACGUAGUUCCUUUGAACAUCAUCCGGCAGAGGAGGUUGUAGACAAGGUUGUGAAGGAAGCAAUUAACAAGCCAUGGCUACCGUUGCCCUUGGGACUCAAAGCUCCUUCCAUGGAUAGUGUGUUGGCUGAGCUCUCCAAACAAGGGAUAUCCAGCAUCCCUAACAAGGGGUCUUCUGCUCCAAAACCCUGCUGA